GCACUUGUUUCUUUUCUACCUUUUUUCUAUAAAUAAAAGAUAUUUCCAGAUACGAAAGUAAAGAAUCUUUGACUAUCUUAAUCAUUUGGAAAAAUGUAACUUAGUAUAAAAAGAUGGGAUGCUAAAACUUUAAGUUCAUUUUACAAAAUAUUCAAAAUUAUUAUAAAAAAAUAUUCAAAAUGAGUGGCUCUUCGGUAUUUCACAUAAUUUUGAAUGUCACAUUCAUGGUUUUUCUCUUUGGUGGUCUCUGUGAGGCUCUUCCUGUGCUAAAGGCGGACAUCAUUAAUGAUAUUGGUCCAAAUGUUCAAUUGGGAUUACACUGCAAAUCGAAACACGAAGAUCUCGGAGCACAAUCUUUAGCCCCUCAUCAACACUGGGGGUUUGGAAAAUCUCUUGAAUUUUGGGGAACGACUCUUUUUUUUUGUCAUUUUCAAUGGGGCAACCAAUCUAAAUGGUUCAAUAUUCUUGAUGGUAACAGAGAUAAAAAAGAAUGUGAUGUCCAUCCGUGUGUUUGGAGUAUAAGACCUAGUGGUCCAUGUAAAUUAACAGGUCAUACACAAUGUUUCCCAUGGAAUGAUCAGUACUAAAACGUUGUAUCUUUUAC